CCCUGCAUUGCCCCCCGCACCCUGCCUCAGCCCCCCGCACCCUACCUCAGCCCCCCUGCAUUGCCCCCUGCACCCUUCCUCAGCCACCCUGCACCCUGCCUCAGCCCCACUGCGUUGCCCCCUGCACCCUUCCUCACCCCCCCGCUCCCCAGCUUAACCCCACUGCAUUGCCCCCUGCACCCUGCCUCAGCCCCACUGCACCCUGCCUCAGCCCCAUUGCAUUGCACCCUGCAUUGCCCCCCCUGCACCGUGCCUCAGCCCCACUGCAUUAUCGCCUCCCCUGCACCCUGCUCUGUCCCACUGCACCCUGCUCCUCCCCCCCACACCCUGCUCUGCCCCACUGCACCCUGCUCUUCCCCCCCCCUGCAACCUGCAUUGUCCCCAGUGCACCCCAAACUCCCCUUGCUCCCCUGCCUUGCCCCACUGCACCCUGCCUCAUCCCCCCGCAGCACCCCCUUGGCCAUGUGCUGUGGGGUGCCCUGGAGCCCAGGACUCCCCACGCGCCCCAAAUUGGGGCUUCCAGAAAUGCUUUCUCUGAAGAAAUACUUCACUGAAGGCCUCAUCCAGUUCACCAUUUUGCUCAGCUUGAUAGGCGUUCGUGUGGACGUGGACACCUACCUGAACUCACAGCUCCCCCCUCUAAGAGAAAUCAUUCUCGGCCAGAGCUCUGCUUACACUCAGACCCAGUUUCACAAUCUGCGCAACACCUUGGAUGGGUAUGGCAUCCAUCCAAAAAGCGUAGACCUGGACUAUUAUUUCACAGCUCGCAGGCUCCUCAAUCAGGUGAGGGCGCUGGACAGGUUUCAAGUGCCCUCCACUGAAGUCAACGCCUGGUUGGUACACAGAGACCCUGAGGGCUCUGUGUCCGGUACCCAGCCCAGUGCCGGCAUCGCCCUCGAGAACGGCAGCGGCCUGCAGGAUGGGGCCAGUGCUGACAAUGGUGUGAGGGAGAGUGGAGCCGAGCAGGGAUUUGGUGAAGAGCUGGAAGACUUGGGAGCGGUGGCACCUCCAGUGAACGGAGACCUGACCAAAGAGGACAUCGAUUUGAUUGACAUCCUGUGGAGACAGGAUAUUGAUCUCGGCGCUGGGCGAGAGAUUUUUGACUACAGCCACCGUCAGAAAGAGAGCGAAGUGGACAAAGAACUGAGUGAUGGGAGGGAGCGUGGGGACAGCUGGAGGAGCGGAGGGAAUGAGAUCUUGGAUAGAAACCUACUAGUUGAUGGAGAGACCGGGGAGAGUUUCCCUGCGCAGGUGCCUGGUGUGGAGGAUCAGACAGCCCUGUCCCUGGAGGAGUGCCUUAGGCUCCUGGAGGCCACCUUCCCUUUCGGCGAGAAUUCGGAGUUUCCAGCUGCAGAUGUCUCCACCCUAAGCGAAGCUGUGCCUAGCGAGAGCAGGUCUGCGGGCAUCCAGAACGGCCUGCUCUCGCCUCUCCUCGCAGAGACUGAAUCCCCGUUCGAUCUGGAGCAGCAGUGGCAGGACCUCAUGUCUAUAAUGGAAAUGCAGGCUAUGGAAGUGAACAACACAACCACUGAAACCCUGUACAACAGUACCGGCGGAGACCUGCUGACUUCUAACUACAGCCUUGCGCCAAACACUCCCAUCAAUCAGAAUGUCAGCCUGCAUCAGGCCUCUCUGGGUAGCUGCACACAGGACUUCUCCCUCUUCAGCUCGGAAAUCGAAAGCCCCUCCAUGGCUGGCAGCUCAGCCCUGCUUCAGUUGGCUCCAGACAACUCCACUGGCCUCAACACAACCUUCGGCUCUACCAACUUGAGUGGCAUCUUCUUUCCUCCGCAGUUGAAUAGCACAGUCAACGAGACAGCUGGCCCCGAGCUGCCAGACCCACUGGGCGGUCUUCUAGACGAAGCCAUGCUUGAUGAGAUCAGCUUGAUGGACUUGGCUAUUGAAGAAGGUUUCAACCCAGUGCAGGCCUCUCAGCUGGAAGAAGAGUUUGAUUCUGACUCAGGUCUCUCUCUGGAUUCUAGUCACAGUCCUGCUUCUCUCAGUAGCUCAGAAGCCUCCUCCUCUUCCUCCUCCUCCUCUUCUUCCUCUUCCUCCUCCUCGUUUUCUGAGGAAGGAGCUGUUGGCUACAGCUCAGACUCUGAAAACGUGGACUUUGAAGAAACGGAAGGGGCAGUUGGAUACCAGCCAGAGUACAGCAAAUUCUGCCGCAUGAGCUAUCAGGACCCAUCACAGUUACAUUACUUGCCUUACCUGGAGCAUGUUGGCCACAACCACACCUAUAACAUGGCACCGGGGACUCUGGAUCCCGAGGAGCCCAAACUGCCCAACAUCGGGAAGAAAAGCAGCAAGGAGAAGCCGUCCGAGUUUCUGGACAAGCAGAUGAGCAGGGAUGAGCAUCGAGCCAGAGCCAUGAAAAUCCCUUUCACCAACGACAAGAUCAUUAACCUGCCUGUGGAGGAGUUCAACGAACUUCUCUCCAAGUACCAGCUCAGCGAGGCGCAGCUGAGCCUGAUCCGGGACAUCAGGAGACGAGGCAAGAACAAGAUGGCUGCCCAGAACUGCCGCAAGAGGAAACUGGACACCAUCCUGAACUUGGAACGGGAUGUAGAGGACUUGCAGAGGGACAAGUCCAAACUGCUCAGGGAGAAAGUGGAAUUUCUCAAGUCUAUCCGCCAGAUGAAGCAAAAGGUGCAGAACCUCUACCAGGAAGUGUUCGGUCGUCUGCGGGAUGAGAACGGCCAACCUUACUCUCCAAAUCAGUAUGCCCUACAGUAUGCCAGCGACGGCAGUGUUAUUUUGAUACCUCGCACCUUGGCUGACCAGCAGGCCAGGCGGCAGGAGAGGAAACAGAAAGACAGGAGGAAGUGAGGCAAGCGGGAGGAGCGGGAAACUCACUAAAGUUAGAACUGGAGAAGGGCUGAGCCUGGAAGUACUUAGAGGAACUUUCAUGCCUUCUUAUCCAAUAUAUCUUCUCAAACAUGACUGCUGCCGGUCAGUGUACAGGAAGAGACUGGUGCACUUGGAGGGUGCGGGACCUGCACAUUGCGUUUCUGAUGGCUCCCUGCAGGGAAAGACUGGGGAGGAAUGGACAGUGCACUGGCGAGCCCAGCGCCUUCUACAACCUGGAAUCCUUUGAGCGCAGGAAAAUAAGCUGGCAUCACUGGUGGUGAGAAUUGGCAGAGGUGGAAAAACUACUGUUAGGAACUGGCUUUAAAUAAGAAAAGAGAUUUAAGCAAACGAACUUAAAACAAGUUAUAGGAGAGACGUUUUUCUGAACUUCCAAAGUUCUGUGAUUUCAGGUAGUUGUGUUUUUUUUUUUUUUUUUUUUUUUUCUCGAACCAAUUUUGACAUCGGUGUGUGUGAUUCAAUCUGAUUUAAUUCCAGAUUAACCAACAUCCCUUCCUAGAUCAGACCAGUGCACACAUGGAAACACAAGUGGUGUGACUUUCAUUAAUCCUUUCCAGUCUGCGCACUCCUAGAUGGGGCUAGCGGGAGAACCAUUACUGUAUGCCUGGAGGAGCGGUGCAGCCUUCUUGGGGGG